CCCAAGACCCAAAACCGUGUAGAACCCCCCGCGCGUCACUCCUCAUGCACUGGUAAGCAUCGUCCCCAUUGCUCUCUCCGCUCCUCUCCGUCGUCUCCGCUCCCGAGAUGCUUUUCCGACUCGUUCCCAGCCCGUGACAACGCGUGUUGCGCUUUGCGGUGGCAUCCCUGGCACAGCCGCGCAAGACGUCGCGACUCUUCUGCAUCCAUCACCUCCCACUAGGGCGCAUACACUCCCGCUUGUUUACCUGUCGUCUCUCUGGCGUCUUCUCUGAUGAAUUCGAGGCUAAUCGCGAUGAUCACACAGAUGGAGACGCGCCUUUCUACCCUCCGCUCCUAACUCCAUCCAUCAGCCCCGACCGACCAUGAAUAGCUUUGCGCCCGACUUCUCGAACAACAAUGGCAUGUACAACCAGAAUGGCGGAAUGCCCAACGCCAAUCAAGCCAUGUUCGACCCUUCGAUGUUUGGCCAGGGCAUGCAGAACAACCAGAUGCAAAACGGAGGAACCAUGUCGCCGGGCUUCCCGAACCAGCCAUCAUAUCAAGUCAACCAAGUAAUUCCAUCCAAACGGCCGCGACCAAAUGAAGAGAAUCCGGGUGCUUCACCGCGCCCUGGAAGCAGAUCGCAAACACCACAGAUGCCAUUCCCCGGCUAUCAAGGCAAUCAGCUCCAGGCCCCAACGCCAUUUCAACACCUCCAACAAGGUGGCUCUCAGAACGCGACUCCAUCACCAACAAUGCAAAAUCAACAAUUUCGACCUCCAGGCGCUCCACCUCAGCGAGUUAACACCGUUUCGCCAAACCCAAAUCCGUAUCCACAACAUGGCAUGGGCAUGUCGCCCCCAAAUGGCCCCAAUUCACGCGUCGGCACCCCACAAAACCACAACAUGGGCCAAAUGGGCGGGAUGAACUUCGUGCCAGGCAUGCAGGGCGGUGCGAAUCCACAAGCUUUCAACCAGAACUUCGGCGCCGGAAGAGGAAUGCCGCAAGGAAUGGGAAACAUGCCGCAGCUCCCACCACAUUUGAAUCAAAAGUCGAUGGAUGUCCAAAAACAGUAUCAGAUGCAAAUGCAGCACCAGCAACAGCAACUAGCUGCUGGAAUGGGCAUGCAACAACGCCAUCCUGGGAUGAACCCGAUGUUCAAUGCACAAGGCCCAGGACCUGGACCGGGACAAGGACAAGGACAACCGCAAGGCAUGCCACCCGGAGCAAUGCGCCCAGGCCCACCGAACCCAGGCGGAGGUGCAGGCCAGCCACAACAGUUCCUCGCGCAGGUUGCUGCUUUUAUGCAGCGAAAUGGACGGCCAUUCAAUCAUUCGCCAGUAGUCUGCGGACAGCCCGUCAAUCUGGCAAAGCUCUUUCAACCAGUCAUUAGGCAAGGGGGAUCUGCGGUAGUGACACAGCACAACGCUUGGCCUCAGAUCGCGCAGAUGAUGGGUUAUCCUCCACAAAACUUCCCUAGCGCGCCUGCUGAACUCAAAUUCGUGUACGAGCAGAAUCUCGGGCCUUAUGAGAGCGUUCACCUGCAGAAGGUACAGCAAAACCGUGCACAAGCUGCACAACAAGGGCAAAUGCCUGGUGGAAGUCAGCCACAAAUGUCGCCAACACGGCAGAUGCCAGGAACACCACAAAAUCUACAGGCAGCGCAACAGCAUGCGCAACAACAAGCGUACAUGCAGCAGCUGCAGCGUGCCCAACAGCCCCAGCUCGAACACUCCACACCCGGUCGAAAUGUUUCCGGCUCGUCCGCGAAUGGUUGGAGUCCACAGGCCGACCAAACACCCAGCAGGACACCGAACGCGAUGAAUCAGGCACAAAGAAAGAGUAUGGAACGGCCACUGCAAUCGACACCGCCUCACGGCCAACAUGCCGGAUUUCCCACACCGUCUCCAGGACCUGAACAGAAGUUUGAACGAGCUCCCACAUCAGAACCCGUCGGUCCAGUGCAGCCAAACGGUGUGCAGCAUGAGCUCAGCAUCAAAGUCAAUCAUGGUACAGAAUACCACCCGAAAACACGAUACUUGGUUGAUACCCAUGGAGGUAUACCUGUGGAGGAAGCUGCGAAGAUGGGAGAGGAUAUUGCACGAGCCAAGCCUACCGCACCUAUGGUCGAAGAAAUGGGUGUCAUUGAUAUCCGGGCGCUGAGCUUGAGCAUUCAAUCAGGUAUACAUGCUGAGGUUAGACACGGCCUCGAUGACCUUGCCAGGAUAACGUGUGACCAACGAUGCCAACUCGAACUGGAGAGAUCCGAAGAUUUACUCGAUAUCUUGAUCGACUGCGCGGAAGAACAGGUCGAGCUCCUCGCCGAUGGCGCACCCGAGGUUUCUGAUAUCAUCGACCUAAACUCUUAUGAAGACGUUCUGCGCAAUUGCAAGCAAGAAGUGGAGUCGCUGCAAGACAUACCCGAAUUUGGGAGUCCAGAGUACGAACUCAAUAGUGCAGCCAAUAAACUGCUCGCAAUCACGGUGAUACUUCGAAAUCUGUCGUUCUUUGAGUUUAACCAUCAUCUUCUUGCCGGCCCAACUGUAUACAAGUUCCUUUCCAACACCAUCCGGCUGAUGGGCACUCGCAUUCUCCUCCUACGGACCCAUGUCAACACCUUCGACUUUAUGAAAGACAUUGUCACUUUCUUUUCAAAUACGACACACGUCAUGGGAUUACCGUCUCGAGAAGACGCUUUUAACAUAUUGCACUUCCUCCUCGCUUUCGCUCCGACGCCAGCUCCUAGUACUCCAGUCCGCUUCACGCCUUACGAUCCCUCCAUCCACAAAUAUCUCCCCGCUGCAGUCGAUUGUCUCGCAAAACUACUCGCCCGCGACGAUCCGAACCGUGCCUACUACAAGAAUAUCUUCGCUCUCGACGCGGCGUCCUCUCCACCGUACGAUCUCCUCACUCGAUCAUUCGCCCUCGCCAUUUCUGUCGCACCUACACGCAACGCCCGGUCCCUCCGUCCCAUCGACCUCAAAAUCUCCGAAGCCCGCAAGCCAUACUUCACACAGGGCAUGCUCGCAGCCGAUAUCCUCUCUUCACUCGCGCCCGGGCCCGAAUCAGGUCUUGCCCGUUCAUGGCUUGAUGCCGAGGAUGGCUGGGCCGCCAGCCUAGUUCACUUCGCCCUCGAUCUGCUGCACGACCACGCUGCGCCACCUCCUGGACAUCGCGGUCAGCGCCCGCCCGAAAUGCAGGAUCAGGGAUUCAAACAGAUCACGCACCGUGCGCUCACGAUGUUGAAACGGCUAGCAGAGAAGAGUAGCGUGGAUGAUUCCUCAGUGCAUCUGUCACAUGAGAACGGACACGAUGAGUCCGAUGAGGUGAAUGGCGAGAAUUCAGACACCCAUCAGGAGCAACGGACGAGCUCGAAGGGCGGAUUGAGAUUUGCAGCAAGUCUGGUGCCAAAGGUAGAGACGCUACUGGGCGCACACUUGAUCCAGAGCGUCGAUGGGGCCGGGCUCAGCAAACUGGUGCGUCUGGGCGAUUCUAUCAGAUGAAAAACAGGCAAUUUCGACAACAGUGAAAGAGUACUGGAAGGAAAGCGGGAGAAUGCAUGCAAAAUGUAAAAGGGACCCGAUUGCGUCAUUGUCUUUUAGGAACAGGUGCAUGGAGCUUUUGGCAGUGGCAAUAGAAAUUCAUAGGAUAACGGCGGGACACAUUUUGACGGGG